AUGCCCCCAGACUCGAAAACAAAGAUCCGCCCACAGCAGUCGUGCCUCAGAUGUCGCGAGCGCAAGGUGAAGUGCGACCGCUCUAUCCCAUGCCACGCCUGCAUAAUCCGCGGUCUCGAAGCAGAAUGCACCUACCUAACAACGGCCGAAGAUCGAGCCCAUAUCAGCCAAUCCGAGAUAAUCGACCAACUACGCCGCGAAGUCGCACAGCUGCGGGGGCGCCUGAACCAAGGUCCGCUAGAGCCGGGUCAUAGCCAGAACCAGACCCAGACCCAGCGCCAGCGCUCCCGCCCAUACCAAGGGGCUGGGCCUUUCCCAAGGAAUGGCCCAAGUUGGACACAAUAUGCACCUGCACACACAGGCUACAACCACGACAGCCAAAGCCCCAGCAAUGGCUCUGGGUGUGCGACAGGCACUGGCGCUGGCUCUGCUUCGGCUGGAGGUACCCCGGAUACUGGUGAAGGUAGUUGGCGCGGGUCGUCGCCAUCCUCAUCGAUCACGGCAAUGACGAACUCUGCGACUGUCACGAGUCCUGAUAGUACGGGGAGUGAUAAUGGGGCUGGGUCUACGUCCGCUUUGUCGCGGUCGGCUUCUGUUUCGGCCUAUCCUGUCGCGACGGGGUAUGCGCCGCAUGUUGCGGAGCUAGAUGGGUCGACUGCAGUGGAACCGCUUGCUUUUGGAAAUACUCUACAAGAUACGGCAAUGCUCGGUUCUUAUACAGGCGGCAUGACCUUCGCUCCGGGUGACAACAUGUCUGGAACAGUCCCUCUCCCAGUGCACGGGUUACACACGCAGGAUGCGAUAUUAGGGAUGCACCACCCGCCGAUCUACGGAGCCAAUAGCGAUAAUUAUAUGCUUGACGGAAGUAAAGCACUACCAUAUUUACAAGACACUAGCUAUCUCGCGCCCAUACCAACAUCAGCAGUAACACAUUACGGGGAGGAACGUCCAAUACGAAAUGAAGACGACAGGAAUCAUGCAUAUCAUCAGUGGGGGCAAGAUGCACACGGAAAUCCGAAUCCGAGUCCGAACCAAUUCCCGCAUACGCAUAUAUACCAAACCCCGUCUCAUUAUCCACCUAUCAACCCCUUCGCCAACAUCACUGCCACCAACACGAACAUCAACGCCUACGCAGAUGCCCCAUUCUCCCUACCCACCCCACCAUCCGUAGCUGCCAGCCCCAGUUCCCAGGACCGUCCGUCACCAACAACCAUCAUGAACUCAAUGCCAAGCUCCUGGAAGGGCGAGGGGAAACAGGAACUGCUAGAGAUCCUGCUGGAAACAAUUGGCAGCUGUGACGAGCAAUACUUACCCCAGGUGAUUCGGGUCUUGCGGACAAGUCCUUCGCCCGAGGAAGCUGUUUCGGGGGUCUGUCAGGUGCUCGGGAUUGGGACAGGGUGA